AUGUCUCAGACAGUGGCUCUGGGCCCUGAUGUUCCAGUGAAGGAGGCAGCCGACGGCGCCGUAGUGAAGAGCAACACACUGCUGAACCAGGCCAAGCAGCUGCAGCAGGAUGUACAAGGGAAUGCAAAUAACAUGGCCUUGCUGAAGGACAGAGUGAAAGCCGCCAAAGACAAAACCAAAGAUCUUGCCAAGGGCAUCGACAUCACCAUGGCAACGCUCCACGCCAUCCCCAAUGAUACAGCAGCGAGAGUGGCCACGACCAAAGCCGUGGCUGCAGAAGCCAACGCCACAGCACUGGACGUGCUGGAGCGGCUGGGAAACUUGAACCUUCAGAUCCAGGGCCUGCAGAAAAACUAUGGCCACCUGGAAGAGACUGUGAACGCAGCCAACCAACUGAUCCAGGACCCAGAGAAAAACAUCCAUGCGGCUGGGGCAAAAGUCAAAGACCUGGAGGAUGAAGCUGAUAGGCUGCUUGAGAAGCUGCAGCCAAUCAGAAUGCUCCAGGACAAUUUGAGACGCAACAUUUCCCAAAUACAAGAACUCAUCAGUCAAGCCAGGAAGCAGGCCAACUCUAUCAAAGUGUCCGUUUCAUCAGGUGGGGACUGCCUGCGCAGUUAUCGGCCUGAAAUCCGUAAAGGUCGUUACAACACCAUUAUCCUCCAUGUGAAAACCACUACCGCAGACAACCUGCUCUUCUACCUGGGAUCUGAACAAUAUGUUGAUUUCCUGGCCUUGGAGAUGAGGAAGGGCAAGAUGAAUUUCCUGUGGGACGUGGGCUCCGGAGUGGGGAGGGUGGAGUACUCGCAGCUCACCAUCCACGAUGGACACUGGCACCGCAUCGAGGCCUCGCGAAAGGGGCUGACCGGGACUGUGGCGGUAGUCCCUCUUGAGGGGCCCAACGCUGGCAUGAUGCCCACUCCGGCCAGCGCAGAUGCCCCCUCCUCUUUCACCAUCCUGGACGUGGACCAGAACGCCUAUCUGUUUGUCGGAGGCCUUUUUGGAACUAUUAAGAAAGCGGAGGCUGUAAGGAGCUCCAUGUUCAGCGGCUGCAUUGGGGAGACGUUCCUGGACGGUAAACCCAUAGGACUGUGGAACUACAGGGAGAGACUGGGAGACUGCAAAGGCUGCGUCAUCAGCCCCCAGAAGUCUGACGCUGAGGGCACCGUGCAGCUGGACGGAGAAGGCUACGCUGCAGUGGCGCGUCCCACCAGAUGGAACCCUAACGUUUCAACAGUUACCUUCAAGUUCCGCACCUUCUCGUCCGACGCCCUGCUCAUGUACUUGGCGACUCAGGACAUGAAGGACUUCAUGUCCCUGGAGCUGCUGGAGGGGAAGGUGAAGGUGAACUUUGACUUGGGCUCUGGUUUGGGCAGUGCCAGCUCAACACAACGCCACAAUGACGGACACUGGAAAUCCCUCACCAUGUCCAGGAACAAGAGACAAGCCACGGUGACUGUUGUGGACAUAGAUAGCGGUGAAGAGGAGAGGAUUGUGGCAGCCUCCCAGGGCUCUGCCAUGGGACUCAACCUCAGAGAGAACCAGAGGAUCUACUUUGGAGGUCUGCCCACUAAUGGAAACUACAGGCCAGAGGUCUCGCUGAAGCGCUACGCUGGCUGCCUGAGGGACAUCGAAGUGUCCAGGACUCCGUAUAAUCUCCUGAGCAGUGCAGACUACACUGGGGUCACCAAAGGAUGCAGUGUGGAGAACCUGCACAUAGUGAGCUUCUCCAAGCCGGGCUUCAUGGAGCUGAGAGGGCAGUCCCUGGACGUGGCCUCAGAGAUGAGCCUUUCUUUCAGCACCCUGAACGACACCGGGACCCUUCUCCUGGCCGUGGGAGGCUCUGCUCCGGUCUCUCAGCAGGCUCGGAACCUAAACUUCUACAACAACAAGAGGAAGCGGCGCCAGUCCGGCGAGCCGUACCUGUCGGUGAUGUUGAACCAGGGAGAUGUGGAGGUGAGACUCUUCACUGGGACUCACACUCCUCGCAUGGUCACCAGGCGUCUGGAACAGGGGAUCCUCCAUGACGGACGGGAGCACUCACUGCGCAUCGAGAGGCUGCCAGGCAGAUCCUUUGCAGUGCAGGUGGAUGAGGAGACAAAGAAGGAGAUGGGUCUGCCCAAUGACCAACCCGUGGUUUUCCAGAGGGUGUUCCUGGGGGGUAUUCCAACAGAAGUGGAGCAGGCCUCCAACAGAGUCAACGUGCCAUUCAAGGGCUGCAUCUGGAACCUGAUGGUCAACUCUGUGCUGUCGGACUUCUCCCAGCCCUUGUCCUUUGUGAACGCUGAUAUUGGAAGGUGUCCCAGCCUGGCUCCUGUGCCUCCCCCUCCUCCCCCUCUUCUGCCUGAAACCACUGCCCCCGCUGUUGUUACUCCAGGCCCCAUGAGGAGCACUCCUGCUGCUGUACCUGUGGGCCCCUCACCUGCUUCCUCAGAGCCAGGCCCUGAGACGGACGUCUGUGCCUCUGCAGUGGUGCCAUCAGCUCUGGACCAGGCUCAUCAGUUUGGGCUGAGCAGGAACAGCCACAUGAGCUUCAGUUUUGACGACACUAAAGUCAGAGAGAGGUUGAUAUUGGAGUUUGACCUGAGAACGACAGAGAGCUCUGGCCUCGUGCUGUACAUGGCCCGCAUCAACCACGCUGACUUUGUCACCAUCCAGAUUAAAGAAGGGCAGGUGUGCCUCGGGUAUGACCUGGGCCACGGGAACAUCUCAGGCUGUGUGCCCUUCUCCAUCAAUGACGGCAACUGGCACAAGAUCCGUGUGAAUCGCCAGAAGCAAAGAGCCGUUCUCUCAGUCGAUUCCAAGUAUAUGAAACAGCUGAUCAGUCCAAAGAAGGCCGAUCUGCUGGAUGUGGUUGGUGUGGUUUACGUGGGCGGUCUGCCUCAGAACUACAGCUGCCGCAGGAUCGGACCGAUCCUGCACAGUCUGAACGGGUGUGUGCGUGGCUUCACCAUGCACGGCAGUGCGGUCAGCAGUCAAGUGGAGAACCUCAGUCUAGACAUGGAGACCCCCUCUUCCAGACACUUGGUGGGCCGCUGCUUUGUGUCCACAGAACCAGGAACCUACUUCCAGGGGACAGGAUACAUGAAAGCAGUGGCCUCGUACAGAGUGGGGCAAGACGUCUCCAUUUCUUUGGACUUCCGCACCAGCCGUUCAGAUGGAAUUCUGCUUGCCGUCAGCAACAAGGACAGAGACGGACUGGGACUCGAGUUAGUGCAGGGGAAGCUGCAGUUCCAUGUGGAUAACGGUGCAGGGCUGGUCACGGCAGAGGUUACCCCUCAGGGAGAGGGCUUCUGUGACGGACACUGGCAUUCGGUCACUGCCUUAAAGACACGCCACAGACUGGAGCUAAGAGUGGACGGAGCUCAGAGUAGAGCUGAGAGCGACAACCCCAAAGCCAACACCUGCGAGACCAACGACCCCAUCUACGUCGGCGGAUAUCCUGAAUCCAAAACCAACCUCACCACACUCAUCCACUAA